CACCACCCGCUCUCCAGCACCGUUUCCAAGGCGGUGGCUUGCGCUUGCACCUUGGGGUCUCACCAGCAAGGGAAGGAUAAUGUAGCGGGGACUCUUCUCUGGAGAAGGAGUUCAGUGGGGCCCCAGUGGGGCCCACUGUGAGCACCCCAAAUAGCCAGCACUCUUCACCCAUCUGUUCGCUCAGUGGUAAUUCCAUCAAGGUGGAGAUGUACAGUGAUGAAGAGUCAAGCCGGCUGCUGGGGCCAGAUGAUCGGCUUCUGGAAAAGGAGGACAGUGUGAUUGUAGAAGACUCGCUGUCUGAGCCCCUGGGUUAUUGCGAUGGGAGCGGCCCAGAGCCUCACUCGCCUGGUGGCAUCCGGUUGCCCAACGGCAAACUCAAGUGUGACAUCUGUGGUAUGGUCUGCAUCGGGCCCAAUGUGCUUAUGGUACAUAAGCGCAGUCACACGGGUGAGAGGCCCUUCCACUGCAACCAGUGUGGUGCCUCAUUCACCCAGAAGGGGAACCUGCUGCGUCACAUCAAGCUGCACUCAGGGGAGAAGCCCUUCAAAUGCCCCUUCUGCAACUAUGCCUGCCGCCGGCGAGACGCUCUCACUGGCCACCUCCGCACCCACUCCGUCUCCUCCCCGACGGUGGGCAAGCCGUACAAGUGCAACUACUGCGGCCGGAGCUACAAGCAGCAGAGUACGCUGGAGGAGCACAAGGAGAGGUGCCACAACUACCUGCAGUCUCUCAGCACUGAAGCCCAGGCUCUGACUGGAGCACCAGGUGAUGACAUGCGUGACCUAGAGAUGGUGCCAGACUCCAUGCUACUACACUCGUCCUCUGAGCGGCCGACUUUUAUCGACCGCCUGGCCAACAGCCUCACCAAACGCAAGCGCUCAACCCCCCAGAAGUUUGUAGGUGAGAAGCAGAUGCGCUUUAGCCUCUCUGAUCUCCCCUUUGACAUGAAUUCAGGUGGCUAUGAGAAGGACGUGGAGCUGGUUGCACACCACGGUUUGGAGCCUGGCUUUGGCUCACUAGCCUUUGUGGGUGCAGAGCACCUGCGCCCACUUCGCCUCCCACCUGCUAAUUGCAUCUCAGAGCUCACUCCUGUCAUAAGUUCUGUCUACACCCAGAUGCAGCCGCUUCCUGGCCGACUGGAGCUGUCUGGAACCCGGGACGCCAGCGAGGGGCAUGAGGACCUGGCUGAUGGGGGCCCCCUCCUCUACAGGGCUCGGGGUCCCCUGGCUGACCCUGGGGUCUCCCCCAGCAACGGCUGCCAGGAUUCCACAGACACAGAGAGCAACCAUGAGGAACGGGGUGGGGGGGUUGUAACCACCCCUCAGUGUCCCUCAAAUCAGCCAGCCCCUGCUCUGGUUGUGGGGAGCCGGCCCAGCCCUGCCUACGCCAAAGAGGACCCCAAGAUGCAGGAGGGGCUCCCCCGGAGUGCUCCUGGCCCUGCCAAGGACGUGUUGCGGGUGGUGGGUGAGGACGGUGAGCCAGUGAAGGCCUUCAAAUGUGAGCACUGCCGAAUCCUCUUCCUGGACCACGUCAUGUUCACCAUCCACAUGGGCUGCCAUGGCUUCAGGGACCCUUUUGAGUGCAACAUCUGUGGCUACCACAGCCAGGACCGGUACGAGUUCUCCUCCCACAUUGUCCGAGGGGAACACAAGGUGGGCUAGUGAUCUCUGGCCUCCCCUCCACCCCAGCCCUUCCUGUCUUCUCCUCCUACCUUCAGAGGUGUCCAGCCCUCCCAUCUCACCCCUGCCCCCCACUGUCCACUUUUCUACCCGACGAAGUUUUGCUUUUGUAGCCUGUCACACAGACGUAAUCUCUGGCUGCCUGAUUUCACACUUGACUCCUCACCAUUUCUGCCCUCUCCUUUCUGCAAGUUGCCAAGCUGAUUUAUUUAAGCACUAUGAUGAAACAGGUCUUUUGUUUUGAUUCUUCCUUUUUUUCAACCCCUAUGCCUCCCCAAGUUCACACUAAGUUAUUUAGGAAGAUUAUUAGAUGAAGGGUUUUUGCCCUCUAAGAAAAAGUCUAUCAGACACCUGCCAUUCUCCACCCUCAUUCUCUUCUCCUGCCCAAGCCUAAUUUCCCUUUCCAUUCCUGCUUCCUCCACAUCCCUAGGACAGUGGGGUGGAGGGGCAUGGGCCUACUGCUGUCCCUGAUCCUCACCCCUCACGUACACUGCCAGAUUCCUCAGUUCUGGUGCCAGUGCCUCCUGGCCCCACCAUAGCUCUGUGGCAUUAUAUCUCCUCUCUGGGACACCCCUACCCUGGCACUCCAUACCUCUCUGCCCUCUCACCUUGGGCAGCUUGCACUGUUCUUGAAUGAAUGAAUGAAUGAAGGAUAUCCCCCAUUUAGGGGGAGGAGAGGGUUGAACAAAAUUCACUCCAGGGCACUGUGAGGCUCAGAAUCCUCUCACUCGUUCCCCUAAUACUAUGAAUACUCUGAAGCCUACAUUUGCACUCUGGAUCUCCCACUAGGAUGUAAUAUCCUCUCCCUUCAACCUCACAGGGGCUGUUCUGGUCCUCCAACCAGUCUGUGUGCUCAGUGGUGACUUCCCUCCACUUGGGGCACCCCAAUUUGAUAUCCUCAGGGGUGAAAGCUGGGUCUGCACCUUUUUCUGUCUCUGAAGCAUUGGGAAUAAAACAUCCUCACCAAAUUGGAAACAGGGGACAAGGAGAAGAUAAGAUUCUUCUCUUCCUCUCAAUGCUUCUCCAGUUGACUCCCUCACCCCAGAAACCUCUCUAGGCACUCAGGGGCUUUCCCACCAUAUGAAAAACCAGUUAAGUCUAUUGCUGCCUGAAGACAAGGAGGAGACCCAGCUCUUCAGUCUUACUGCCUUCACCCUCCCCAGCAGGGAUUACCAUCCCAUUCUUGAGCUCUGAGGCUCCAUCCUCAGGGUCAGUGCUCAUAAGAAAGGGAUGUUUCUUUCCUCACUUUUAAUUAUUUCAAUAUAACCAAAAAUGAUUGCAGGGUGGGCAUGUGCCCCUGCCCCUACCCUACCCCUGCCCCAGGGAGAGUGGGUCCAGCCCAUCUGGACUGAGGGCAUCCUUCACUGCCCCCAUCAUGCCUGGUGCCAAGGAAGCAGGGAAGGAGGGAUUCAUUUCCCUCCUGGUUCCUGAAGCGUGCUUGGCUGUUCUUGUUUGUCUGGGAGGGAGGCAGAGGCCCCUGGGAAGGGGAAGCAUCUCUAUACACAUGGAGUCCCAGCCCAGGGCCACAGCCACCUGGCUCUCUUGCUUCCUUGAGGUUCAAACCAAAGGCUGUUUUGUUUUUCUAUGUUAAAAAAAAAACAAAAAAACAAAAA